CCUGAGCUGAUUCGCCGGGAGGACUGGGAAGAUUUCGGAGCAGAAACACGUUUCUGUCGGCGCUGGCCGCUCGAGCUCUGCGCUCCGUCGCCACAACGUCCACAGCGUUGGACACAAGUCUGUUGCUCCGAGACGUGCGCAUCGGUUUCCGCGUCUGCAGCCGGACUGAGAGGUGCUUUGUUUUGUGCAGAAGACAGAAGAAUAAACUCGUUGCCAAAUUGCACACGCGGUUUAUUGUGCGCGCUGCUGCCUGCAAGUUGGGAGCGAAGCGCGCCGCUGGAAGUUUAUGCGCCUCGGACAGACCCGCAGCAGCUCCUCACAGGUGCAGCAGGUGGACAGCCGAAUGGACUGAAGAAAAAAGCGACAGGGGUUCAGAAGUGAGGAGGAGGGAUUUGGAGAGGAAAUCAGUCACAGGACGAGAAUCGCAGCCCAGAGAGAGCAGGAAGGGGGAGCUGAAAGAAAGCGAAAUAAUCCAGUGGUGAACGUCUCAGUAGAGUGUCAGUAGCAAAAGGGAGGGAGUUGGAUGCCCAGCAUGCCGGCAGCAUGGAAAGGGUGAGGGAGCAGCGGCCUUUCUGCUCGCUGUCCAAGAGUCAGAGGGAGCGGGACAGAGACUGCGAGAGAGACAAGGAUCGGGAGCGGCGCUACACAGCUUCCUCCACGGACCGGGACAACGGAGCCUGUCGUGUUCCCACUCAGAAAUCGUACAGUUCCAGCGAGACCCUGCAGGCCUUCGACCAUGACCCCUCACGGAUGCUGUUUGGAGGCAGAGUCAAGGAGAUGGUCCACAAGGAGACAGCAGAAUACACCAGGCCUGGACAGACAUUUUCAUUGAGGCAGCUCGGGAUUUGUGAGCCCGCAGCUCGCAGAGGCUUGGCUCUCUGCCCUGAGACCGGCCUGUCCCACCCACUCAGCAGCUACACCCGGGGGCCGGCCGCCACAGAAAACCAUGAACCUGUAUCACCGGAACGUACCAUGACUCUUUGGGGAACGGGGGCAAAAUCUGGGCAGAAUUCAUGCCUCUCCAGCCGUUCCAAUUCGGCGCUCACGCUCACUGACACGGAAAUGGACAAUAAAUCGGACACUGAGAUGGGUGACAAUCUGACCAGCCAACAGGCCCCGCCUCCUAUCCCACCUGCCCCGCCCCCACAUAAGCAGCACCCGUCCAUCACCUCACUGAGCCGCAGCUCACUGGCCAACCAGCGGAGCCCGAGUCCACCACCCACAGCCGGCCUGGCGGCUGACUUGCAGAGCACGGCGGAAUGCGUCCAGCUGCAGGACAGCUGGGUGCUGGGCAGCAAUGUGGCCCUGGAGAGCAGGCACUUUCUAUUUAAAACGGGGACAGGAACCACACCGUUCUUUGGCGCCACAGCUCCCGGUUACACCAUGGCAACAGGAACCGUUUACUCCACGCCUGCACGCCCUUUGCCCAGAAACACUCUGUCCAGGGGGGCUUUCAAGUUCAAGAAGUCACCUAAACACUGUUCCUGGAAAUGUACUGCUCUGGUCGCCGUGGCCGUGGCUGCAGUGCUCUCCAUCAUUCUCUGCUACUGCAUAGCAAUGCACCUUUUUGGUCUCAACUGGCAGCUUCAGGAGUUGGAAAACCAGCCAGCCUUUGAAAACGGGGGACUUGGGAAGGCAGGGCCCACCCAGUCGAGCGUAGUAACAGCUCUGGCUGCUGAUGGAAAGCCUGGGAUUCUUCAACCUGAAAACAGCUCCAUCGAUACCGGACAGGUGGACAUCGGAAAGCGGGUGGCUCAGAGCGUCCCACCAGGGGUGUUCUGGCGCUCUCAGCUCAGCAUGGGGCAGCCACACUUCCUUAAAUUCAACAUCUCUGUGCAGAAGAGCGCACUGAUUGGAGUUUAUGGGCGAAAGGGUCUCGUACCGUCGCACACUCAGUAUGACUUUGUGGAGCUCCUGGAUGGCAGCCGGCUCAUUGCCAAAGAGCAGUGGACCCUGAGCGAACCAGACACAAGGGCCCGGAUCGAUCACCCGGUCACCGUCCACCAAGCCGGAUUCAUCCAGUACCUGGACUCAGGGGUGUGGCACUUUGCAUUUUAUAAUGACGGACGGAGCGUGGAAGUUGUCUCCUACAACACUAUUAUCCAGGAGUCUGUGACAGAGUGCACACACAACUGCUAUGGGAACGGCGAGUGUGUGUCGGGAUCGUGCCACUGCUUCCCUGGAUUCAUAGGACCUUACUGCUCCAGAGCUGCUUGCCCCGUGCUGUGUAGCGGUAAUGGCCAGUACACCAGGGGGCGCUGUCAGUGCUAUAGCGGCUGGAAGGGCACCGAGUGUGACGUUCCAGCAACCCAGUGUAUCGAUCCGCAGUGUGGGGGACACGGACUCUGUGUGGCGGGAAAUUGUGUGUGCAACACCGGCCACAAAGGAGUCAACUGUGAUCAAGUGGACUGUGUGGACCCGACAUGUUCCGGUCACGGAGCCUGUCAUCACGGCGAGUGCCACUGCAACCCGGGAUGGGGAGGGAUCAGCUGCGAGAUUCUGAAGAGCACUUGUCCAGAGCAAUGCUCCAGUCACGGCACGUUCAACACCGAUUCAGGAACCUGCGUCUGCGAGGCCAAGUGGACGGGAGCCGACUGCUCCAUAGAAGUGUGUGUGGUGGACUGCGGUUCCCACGGCUCCUGCAUCGGUGGUGCCUGUCACUGCGAGGAAGGCUGGACGGGACCAGAAUGCGAGCAAAGGGACUGUCACCCACGCUGCAUCGACCAUGGAGUCUGCCGGGAGGGCAAGUGUGACUGCCACCAGGGCUGGACGGGCGAGCACUGCACCAUCGCCUUGGAUUCCAGAGUAUCAGGAGCAGUCAAGAUAGGAUAUAAAGACGGCUGCCCUGGGUUGUGCAACAACAACGGGAGGUGCGUCCUGGAUCAGAACGUCUGGCACUGCAUCUGCCAGUCCGGAUGGAGAGGCCUCGGCUGCGACGUCGCCACAGAGACGCUCUGCUCCGACGGCAAGGAUAACGAAGGAGAUGGCCUUGUUGACUGCAUGGAUCCUGACUGCUGCGCUCAGAUCUCCUGCCAGGGUCAGACCUACUGUCGCGGUUCUGCUGACCCGGCCGCCGUCGCCGGCCAGGGCCAGAGUGCCGCCGCCGGUGCCGGCGCCCCCACCCAGCCCUCGUCUAAAAGUUUUUAUGACCGGGUCAGCUUCCUGAUCGGCCCCAGUGGCAGCCAUGUGAUACCCGGGGAUAACCCUUUCAACAGCAGCUUGGCAUCAGUCAUCCGGGGUCAGGUCCUAACGGGAGAUGGGACCCCGCUGAUUGGAGUCAACGUGUCUUUCCUGCACUACCCACAUUACGGUUACACCAUCACCCGGCAGGACGGCAUGUUUGACAUCUUGGCGAAUGGCGGCGCCAGCCUGACCCUGAGUUAUGAGCGAGCGCCGUUCCCCACCCUGCAGCACACCGUGUGGCUCCCCUGGAACAUCUUCCAUGUGAUGGACACGGUGGUGAUGAAGCGGGAAGAGAACGACAUCCCCAGCUGCUACCUGACCGGCCUGGUCAGGCCCAAUCCGUACAUUCUGGCUUCGCCACUUUCCACCCUCUACAAAACGUCCCCAGAGGACAACCCCAUCAUCCCUGAGACCCAGGUGCUUCAUGAGCAAGUGGCCAUACCAGGCAGUGACCUCAACCUGGUCUACCUGAGCUCCAGGGCAGCUGGCUACAAGCCCAUCCUCAAGGUGCUUCUGACCCAGGACCGCCUCCCUUUUGGCCUGAUGAAAGUCCACCUGAUGGUGGCCGUCAUGGGCCGUCAGUUCCAGAAGUCUUUCCCGGCCUUCCCCGACCUCUCCUACACCUUCAUCUGGGAUAAAACAGACGCCUACAAUCAGAAGGUCUUCGGCCUGGCAGAGGCUGUGGUGUCAGUGGGAUAUGAAUAUGAGUCCUGCCUUGAUGUGGUGCUCUGGGAGAAGAGGACGGCGGUGAUACAGGGCUAUGAACUGGAUGCCUCCAACAUGGGAGGUUGGAUGUUAGACAAACAUCAUAUCCUGGACAUCCAAAAUGGAAUCCUUUAUAAGGGCAGCGGCGAGAACCAGUUCAUCUCUCUCCAGCCCCCAGUGAUUUCUACGGUGAUGGGGAACGGACGGCGCAGGAGCAUCUCAUGUCCCAGCUGUAACGGGCAAGCUCAGGGCAACAAGCUGCUGGCGCCGGUUGCUCUGGCCUGGGGCAUCGAUGGAAGCCUUUACGUCGGUGAUUUCAACUUCAUCCGCCGCAUCUACCCAUCUGGGAACGUGACAAGCAUCAUGGAGCUCAGAAAUAAAGACUUUAGACACAGCAACAACCCAGCCCACCGGUAUUACCUGGCAACUGACCCGGUAAGCGGCCAGCUGUACGUGUCGGACACAAACUCCCGGCGCAUCUACCGACCCAGGAUCCUGGGGGGAACCAAGGAGCUGCAGUCCAACGCCGAGGUGGUGGCAGGAACCGGAGAGCACUGUCUGCCCUUCGAUGAGAACCACUGCGGCGACGGUGGGAAAGCUCCAGAGGCCUCCCUCACCGGACCCAAAGGCAUCGCCGUGAACAAGAACGGGCUGAUUUAUUUCGUCGACGGCACCACGAUCAGAAAGGUGGACCAGAACGGCAUCAUCUCCACUUUCCUCGGCUCCAACGACCUGACAUCGGCUCGUCCCCUGACCUGUGACAGCAGCAUGGACAUCAAUCAGGUGAUUUUAGAGUGGCCCACAGAUCUAGCAGUCAGCCCGAUGGACAACUCGCUGUAUGUGCUGGACAACAACAUCGUGCUGCGCAUCACUGAGAACGGUCAAGUCAGCAUUGCAGCAGGUCGACCCGUCCACUGCCCGCUGGCUGGACUGGAGCGAGGCGUAGCUGGUGGACAAAGAGCUCAUUUGACCCCUCUAGAGUCGGCCGUUUCCAUCGCCAUAUCCUACCACGGUACCAUCUACGUCGCAGAGACAGAUGAGAGGAAGAUGAGCAGGAUCCGGAAGGUUUCCGUGGAUGGGGAGAUAACACAUUUGGCUGGAGCUCCCUCCGACUGCGACUGCAAGAACGAUGCCAACUGUGACUGCUAUCAGACAGGAGACGGCUAUGCCAAAGAUGCGAGGCUGAACGGUCCUUCUUCAUUAGUGGCGGCUCCAGAUGGAACGCUAUAUGUGGCAGACCUGGGGAACAUCCGCAUCCGCGCUAUCUCACGAAAUGGGCCAACUUUGACUUCCAAUGGCGGUGCUUAUGAGGUAGCUUCCCCCGACGCUCAGGAGGUCUACAUGUUUGACAGCAACGGCACCCACCAACACACCGCCAGCUUGCUCACCGGAGACCUGAAGUACACGUUCAGCUACAGCACAGAGAACGACAUCACAGCUGCUACCGACAGCAGCGGGAACACGCUGAGGAUCCGGAGGGACGCCAACCGCAUGCCGGUGCGGAUCGUUGCCCCUGACAACCAGGUGAUUUGGCUAACGAUGGGCACCAACGGUGGCCUGAAAACAUUGACCGCGCAGGGUCAGGAGCUGGUGCUGCUGACGUACCACGGCAACAACGGCCUGCUGGCCACAAAGACUUCAGAGAUCGGCUGGACAACUUUCUAUGACUAUGACAGUGAAGGGCGCCUAAUGAACGUGACGUUCCCCACGGGAAUGGUGAAUAACUUGUACACAGACAUAUACAGCGCUCUGAUGGUGGACAUCGAAAGCUCCCUGACAGAGGAGGAAAUCAGCAUCACCACCAACGCCUCGACCAUCCGAGCCUUCUACACUCUGGCUCAGGACCAGUGUAGAAGCAGCUACCAAGUGGGCUACGACAACUCGCUGAGGAUUACCUACGCCAACGGGAUGGACACCCACUACCAAACGGAGCCCCACAUCCUGACUGGAGCUGCCAACCCGACUGUCGCCAGGCGCAACAUGAGCCUGCCAGGAGAGGUUGGGCAAAACUUGGUGGAGUGGCGCUUUCGCAAAGAACAAGCCAGAGGAAAAGUUAUCGUGUUUGGGCGAAAGCUGAGGGUGAAUGGUCGGAACAUUCUCUCUGUUGAUUACGAUCGCACCCUGAGGACUGAGAAGAUUUACGACGACCACAGGAAGUUCCUGUUAAAGAUUAUAUAUGACAAUGCGGGCCACCCGGUCCUGUGGGUGCCCAGCAGUAAGCUACUGCCAGUUAAUGUGAGCCGCACAAGCACCGGGCAAAUCAGUGCCCUACAGAGAGGCCCCACCACAGAGAGACUCGAGUACGAUAGCCAAGGCCGCCUGAUUUCCAAGGUGUUCGCAGACGGGAAGAUAUGGAGCUACACCUACCUGGAGCAGUCUAUGGUUCUCCUGCUUCACAGUCAACGGCAGUACAUAUUUGAGUUCGACUCUCUCGAGCGGCUUUCUGCUGUCACCAUGCCAAGUGUGGCCCGCUACACCAUGCACACCAUUCGUUCUGUGGGCUACUACAGGAACCUUUAUCACCCACCUGAGAGCAACGCCUCGGUAGCUGUGGAUUACAGCGAAGACGGCCUCCUGCUGAGAGUGGCUCACCUCGGGACCGGCCGUAGAGUUCUGUACAGAUACCGCCGGCAGAACAAGGUUUCUGAGAUCUUGUACGACAGCACGAGAGUCAGCUUCACCUACGACGAGACGGCAGGUGUGCUGAAGACCGUCAACCUGCAGAACGAGGGCUUCAUCUGCUCCAUCCGUUACCGGCAAGUUGGUCCCCUGGUGGACCGGCAGAUUUUUCGCUUCAGUGAAGAUGGCAUGGUGAACGCACGUUUCGAUUACACGUAUGACAGCAGCCUGCGUGUCACCAGCGUCCAAGGCGUCAUCAACGAAACGCCGCUACCAAUCGACCUCUACCAGUUUGACGACAUUUCAGGAAAGAUCGAACAGUUUGGGAAGUUUGGUGUCAUCUACUAUGACAUAAAUCAGAUCAUUUCCACGGCUGUCAUGACGUACACAAAACACUUUGAUGCACACGGACGCAUCAAAGAGAUCCAGUAUGAGAUAUUUCGUUCACUGAUGUACUGGAUUACUUUCCAGUACGACGAUGUGGGUAGAGUCACUAAGAGAGAACUCAAGAUUGGUCCCUUUGCCAACACCACCAAAUACAGCUAUGAGUACGAUGUGGACGGCCAGCUGCAGACCGUGUUUCUAAAUGACAAAGUAGUGUGGCGCUACACUUAUGACCUGAAUGGAAACCUGCACCUGCUGAAUGCUGGUAACAGCGGCCGGCUCCUGCCUCUGCGCUACGACCUGCGAGACCGCAUCACCCGCCUCGGAGACAUCCAGUACAGGAUGGACGAAGACGGCUUCCUCCGUCAGAGAGGAGCAGAAAUCUUUGAGUACAACUCCAAAGGACACCUGGUGAGGGUCUACAGCAAAAGCAGCGGCUGGACAAUCCAGUAUCGCUACGACGGCCUCGGACGCAGAGUCUCAACUAAGACCAGUCUGGGCCAGCACCUGCAGUACUUUUACGCAGAUUUGAGCUACCCAGGAUAACACAAACUCCACCUCUUCUACUCACUCCAAGGUGACCUCCAAGGUCAUCUCUUUGCCAUGGAGAUCAGCAGUGGAGAAGAGUUCUACAUUGCUUGUGAUAACACCGGCACACCUCUGGCCGUCUUCACCAGCAACGGCCUUCUGGUCAAACAGCUUCAGUACACCGCGUACGGUGAGAUCUACUUUGACUCUAACCCUGACUUUCAGCUGGUGCUGGGCUUUCAUGGUGGACUGUAUGAUCCUCUGACCAAACUGCUGCACUUUGGAGAGCAGGAUUAUGAUAUCAUGUCUGGCAGGUGGACGAUUCCAGAUAUCUCUGCUUGGAAAAAGGUUGCCAAAGAGCCGGCUCCUUUUAACUUGUACAUGUUCAGAAAUAAUAAUCCGAUCAGCAAAGUCCAUGAACUGAAAGAGUAUGUUGCAGAUGUGAACAGUUGGCUUGUAACGUUUGGGUUUCAUCUUCACAACACCAUUCCCGGGUUUCCCGUUCCAAAGUUUGAUCUGAGCAUGCCCUCCUAUGAGCUGAGGAAGAGUCAACUGUGGGAUGAUCUGCCGUCUAUCUCUGGGGUCCAGCAGGAAGUAACCAGACAAGCACAUUCUCUCUUGUCAUUCGAGCGGCUGCCAGAGGUCCAUCUCAGCCGAGGUCGAAGAGGUGAAAAGCCUUGGCUGUGGUUCUCGGCUGCAAAGUCUCCCAUCGGAAGAGCUGUUAUGUUUGCCAUAUAUAAAGGCAGCGUCCACACAAACGCGCUUAACGUGGCGAGUGAGGACUGCAUCAAGGUUGCAACGAUCCUCAAUAACGCGUUCUAUCUGGAGGACCUCCACUUCACCAUAGAAGGAUGGGACACGCACUUCUUUGUGAAGCCGGGCCUCCCGGACGCGGACCUUGCCGCGCUGCACCUGACCAGCGGACACAAGACCCUGGAGAACGGCAUCAAUGUGACGGUGUCUCAGUCCACCACCGUCAUGGACAGCAGGACUCGCCGCUUCGCAGACGUGGACAUCCGCGCCGGGGCUCUGGCUUUUCACAUCCGCUACGGCUCCACGGUGGACGAGGAGAAAGUGCGGGUGGUUGAGCUUGCGCGUCAACGCGCCCUGGCGGGGGCGUGGGCCCGAGAGCAGCAGCGGGUGCGUGACGGGGAGGAGGGGGUUCGCCCCUGGACAGAGGGGGAGAAGAGGCAGCUGCUGAGUGGUGGGAAAGUGUUGGGAUACGACGGGUACUACGUGCUUUCCAUUGAGCAGUACCCGGAAUUAGCAGAUAACGCCAACAACAUACAUUUCCUGCGGCAAAGUGAGAUUGGGAAAAGGUAACAAUUCCAGGUGCAUUACCUGCCAAAGAAACUCAGUUUUGGUAGUGAAAUCAAUGUAGAGAAAAUGAAACAGCUGCUGUUAUGUACAGAGUGUGGCUUUGUUUUGUAAAAAAUAAAAUAAAAAAAAGAAAUAAGUAAAAAAGGAGGAGAAAAAGGGUCAAAAGCGAUGCUGUGCAUUGUGACCUACAGACUUCAGAGUAAAUGUACAACUACACGAAGCCUUAACAUGGCAAUUACAGGUCAGUUCCUCUGUAGCACAAGCCUUUUGGACUCGGGACUCCAAAGCAGAGGAACCUGGAUGUUUUUAACCAGACGCUGAGCUUAUGUAGGUGUUUUAUGUUUGAUUUUUUUAUGUUUUCAUCUGGAAACGUGUGGUUGAACAAAGUGUCAAUGGAACAGAGGAAAUGUUUACAUUAUGCAUACCUGCACUUCUCUAGAAGUACUGGGCCCUUGGAUCCACGUUCCUGGAGCAAGCAGCGUUCUCAAGCAAAUAUUUGUUUUAAAACCAAGAGACUUCUGAUGUUUAUUCUCACCAGACAACCACUAUGUAUGCCAGAUUUAGCACUGUAAAACAUCAAUAUGUCAUAUUCUCUUUAAAAUGCUUUUAAAUGGAAAAAAAAAAGAUGUUUCAAUACCUAAAAUAGUAAUUGUGGGAGAAAAAAAGUGCAGCGAAGUUGUGAUGAACUUUGUUGAGGAUGUGGAGCAGCACAGGUGUGUCUGGGAUAUCACAGGGACACCAUCUUUUGUAAAUGAUCCAAGAGUUUUAUGCAGUUUUUUUGUUUCUUUUUAAGAAACUGAAUCAAUGUCUGUACAAGUCAUUAACAGUAAUUUAUGUUGUGUUUAUACAUAAAUAAAGUCAAGCUGGUUUUAAUUUCA